AUGUCAUCGUCCGCAGAAGUGAUGGAGGACAAGCGGGAGACGCGGAGGGCGGAGCUGAGUGAUUCCGGGCACACGACGGAGGUCGACGCCGAGGACGAGGUGUGCUGGAUCUGCCUGGACGGCGCGGAUCCCGAGGCGAAGGGCGGGCUACACAGGCCGUGCAAGUGCCCGCGGUUCAUCCACGACCAGUGCCUGGCGCGCUGGCAACUGCAGUCCGCAGGCACACGGAAGGAGAAGGAGUGCGAGUUCUGCGGCUCCCAGCUCCCGGACUGGCGGACGGUUCUGACGCCGACCUGCGGCUGCGUGGCCCCAGCCAUCAUGAACGUGAACUUCAACGGCUCGACCUACUCCUUCGAGGUCGCGCCGGGCGAGGACGGGUACAAGCGCUUCACGGAACGCAUACGCACCGCCUUCAGCCUCCCCGCGGACUCGGAGCUCAACAUCACCUUCACCUGCGACGAACCCUCCUCCGGCUCCUUGGUCACCCUCCAGGGUCCCGGCGCGUACGACGCCGCAGUGCACUGCGCCUGCAUCUCCGCAGCAAAACGUGCCGCGAACGGCCAGGCCCCGCAAGCUGCGCCCGCGCCCCCCGGCAGCGCGUCGGAGGCGGUGCCGUUGCCGACCGCGCCGCCCGCGCCGCGCGCUGCGGACCGCCUGCGCACGGCAGCGCCUAACGCACAUGCGCGCGACGUGCGCGGAGCCAAGAAACGGCCGUUCACGAUCCUGGGCCGCAAGAUUCGCGCGUUCGUGGACUUCCUCGGCGGGAGGUGA